AAAAAACCCAAGAGCGCAAUGACGUUUGUCCGUAUCCAUUUUGGCUCAAGCCAUUUUUGUUCAAGCCAGUGGCUUAAAUAUAUAUUAACCCAAUCACCAAUAACUGGAAACCAGAGCAACUGUACCUAAGCAGUCAACCUUUAUACCAGCGAGGGUCCAGUGAAUGUGCAUGGCGAGAUCACCCGCGGGAUCUCUCAUACCAAUAUUGGCAACGCUCUGCAUGUGUGCGGCAUGGCUGUGGCUGGACUGCCCCGUGGGGGGGCGCGGCCUGCAGCUCUGGGUUUUUUUUGGGGGGCGCACGCCGACUCGGAGCAAGGGGCCUGCGAUGCCGACUUCGGUUGCCCAGUCUUGGGUCUUUCCGCCGCCGCCGCGUCCACAAGGCAGCGCUCCUGAGGGGAAGGGGAGCUUGGUAAGAAGGUAUUCCUCAGUCAUGAUCGUGCACAUUCCUAAAUGCUCGGGCACAUCUUUCUACGAGGACGCCAAGAAGCUUGUGGCGCGAGGGAUCCGAGUCGAGACGAAUCACGAGCAGCCCAUAUUGAAUACGGAAAGGCACUCCAGGGUAUUUCUCAUGUCGUUUCUAAGACACCCAGUGGAGCAUGUCAUGUCUCAGUUUCUGAUGUGCAAGUAUAGUUUUUGGGCGGUGCACAUGGCAACGAAGCGUUUCAAAUUCCCGAGAGAUAGUUCGUCGAUUCUGUUGGACGGCCUAUCUGAAUGGAUCGGCAUGUUCACAUCUUCGAAUCACACAUUAACGAAUCUAACUUGCAACGAACGGGGUGAUUGCAAGAACCGCACGGGCCCAGGCCCCCCCAAACAGCUCUUCGAUUAUAACUGCUACAACCCCUGGAACAUGCAGGCGAGAUACCUGGCCACGCGUGCCGGGCACCACGCCGACGUUGACCAGCUGGAGCCCGACCUGGUGACUGCGAAGCUGGGCCUCCAGAGCCUGACGUUCAAUGGCAUCACGGAUCUGUACCCAGAAUCCGUUUGUGCCUUCCGGUUCUACAUCACAGGCACGCUGCCGCCAGACUGCGAGUGUGUGCAGACAGCUCCGAACGGUUCCGAACUCUCGCACAUCAAGCACGGGGUGCCCGAGCAUCAUCACAGCGACCUGAGCCCAGAGAAUUUCCGGAGCCUCUCCAACCUUAUCCAGGUGGACGUGCGCGUUUUCCUCCACGCGUUGGCGCUGUUUGAGAGAAGUAUUGACAACAUUUCAGGCUUGACGGGGAAACGCAUCAUUUGCAGCAGCCGCCUGGCAGAUCUGAAGAUACAGGCCCUGCGCUUGUGCCAGGAAGUGAGUGCACAGCCUCAGCUGUGCGCGUUCUAAUGGGCCUCCCAGCAAAAAAUCAAAAUCACGAAAAACAGGGGGGCACGUUCAAGGAACAACAUUCAGGACUCAGGACAGAAAUUCACGCGCGAACCAAACAUGUCCAUCUCUCGUUCAAGUGCCGUGUGGGAUGAGUAAUGCUGGGGUAUUUACGUAAUUGCAUGGCGCUGCAGCCCAGGGUAGCAGCGCUUUUCACGCAGCAGUAUCCAGCGAGCUGCAGCUCAAGGUAAAAGCUCAUAUAUACAGUUUUUUGUUGCAAUGAGUGACGGGGGUGGUCGAUACCAAUCUCUGGCGCAUGCUAGUAUCGGAUACUAGUUCAUAGGACCGUCGUGCAUACUGCAAUUGGAAAGCCGUUACGAA